AUCUUCAUGUUUUAAUGAUCUUCUGGUCAUUUGUUGCUGGAGUUGUUACAUUCUAUUGCUCUUUGGGACCGGAUUCUCUCUUACCAAAUAUAUUCUUCACAAUAAAAUACAAACCCAAGCAGUUAGGACUUCAAGAAUUAUUUCCUCAAGGUCGUAGCUGUGCUGUUUGUGGUAAAGUGAAAUGUAAACGACAUAGGCCUUCCUUACUACUUGAAAACUACCAGCCAUGGCUAGAUCUGAAAAUUUCUUCCAAGGUUGAUGCAUCUCUCUCAGAGGUUCUUGAAUUAGUGUUGGAAAACUUUGUUUAUCCAUGGUACAGGGAUGUAACAGAUGAUGAGUCCUUUGUUGAUGAACUGAGAAUUACAUUACGGUUUUUUGCAUCUGUCUUAAUUCGAAGGAUUCACAAGGUGGAUAUUCCAUCUAUUAUAACCAAGAAACUAUUAAAAGCAGCAAUGAAGCAUAUAGAGGUGAUAGUUAAAGCCAGUCAGAAAGAAAAUACAGAGUUUUUACAGCAAGCUGCUUUAGAAGAAUAUGGUCCAGAGCUUCACGUGGCUUUGAGGAGUCGAAGAGAUGAAUUACACUAUUUAAGGAAACUUACCGAACUACUUUUUCCUUAUAUUUUGCCUCCUAAAGCAACAGACUGCAGAUCCCUGACCUUGCUUUUAAGAGAGAUCCUUUCUGGUUCGGUGUUCCUUCCUUCUUUGGAUUUCCUAGCUGAUCCAGAUACUGUGAAUCAUUUGCUUAUCAUCUUCAUAGAUGACAGUCCACCUGAAAAAGCAACUGAACUGCCUUCCCCUUUGGUUCCAUUCUUGCAGAAAUUUGCAGAACCUAGAAAUAAAAAGCCAUCUGUGCUGAAGUUAGAAUUGAAGCACAUCAGAGAGCAGCAAGAUCUCUUAUUUCGUUUUAUGAACUUUCUGAAACAAGAAGGAGCGGUGCAUGUAUUGCAAAUAUGUCUGACUGUGGAGGAGUUCAAUGAUAGAAUUUUACGACCAGAGUUAUCAAAUGAUGAAAUGCUGUCUCUUCAUGAAGAGUUGCAGAAGAUUUAUAAAACAUAUUGUUUGGAUGAAAGUAUAGACAAAAUUCGAUUUGAUCCCUUUAUUGUAGAAGAGAUUCAAAAAAUUGCUGAAGGCCCGUAUAUAGAUGUUGUGAAACUUCAAACUAUGAGAUGUCUUUUUGAAGCAUACGAACAUGUAUUGUCUCUCUUGGAGAAUGUGUUUACACCUAUGUUCUGCCACAGUGAUGAGUAUUUCAGGCAACUUUUAAGAGGUGCAGAAUCACCAACACGCAAUUCAAAAUUGAACAGAGGUAGCCUAAGUUUGGAUGAUUUUCGGAGCACCCAGAAAAGAGGAGAAUCAUUUGGAAUCAGCAGAAUAGGUAGCAAAAUUAAAGGAGUAUUUAAAAGUACUACAAUGGAAGGAGCUAUGUUGCCUAAUUAUGGGUUAGCUGAAGGUGAAGAUGACUUUAUUGAAGAAGGUAUUGUUGUAAUGGAAGAUGAUUCUCCAGUGGAAGCUGUGAGCACACCUAAUACUCCCCGAAACCUUGCUGCAUGGAAAAUUAGCAUUCCAUAUGUAGACUUUUUUGAAGAUCCUUCCUCUGAAAGGAAAGAGAAAAAAGAGAGAAUACCUGUGUUUUGUAUUGAUGUCGAAAGAAAUGAUAGAAGAGCAGUUGGGCAUGAGCCUGAACAUUGGUCUGUCUAUAGAAGAUACCUAGAAUUCUAUGUACUUGAAUCAAAACUAACAGAAUUUCAUGGCACAUUUCCUGAUGCCCAGCUUCCUUCCAAAAGGAUCAUCGGCCCCAAAAAUUAUGAAUUCUUAAAGUCAAAGAGAGAAGAGUUUCAGGAAUAUUUACAGAAACUUCUGCAACAUCCAGAACUGAGUAAUAGUCAACUUCUGGCAGAUUUUCUCUCUCCCAAUGGUGGGGAAACACAGUUUCUUGAUAAGAUACUACCAGAUGUAAAUCUUGGGAAAAUUAUAAAGUCUGUUCCUGGAAAACUAAUGAAAGAGAAAGGUCAGCAUUUGGAACCUUUCAUCAUGAAUUUCAUUAAUUCUUGUGAAUCUCCAAAGCCUAAACCGAGUAAACCGGAACUGACUAUUCUCAGCCCUACUUCAGAAAACAACAAGAAGCUUUUCAGUGAUCUGUUUAAGAAUAAUGCAAACCGUGCUGAGAAUACAGAAAGAAAGCAAAACCAGAAUUAUUUUAUGGAGAUGAUGACUGUAGAAGGAGUCUAUGAUUACCUGAUGUAUGUAGGACGGGUGGUCUUCCAAGUUCCUGACUGGCUUCAUCAUCUCUUAAUGGGAACUCGAAUCCUGUUUAAAAACACUCUGGAAAUGUACACUGACUACUAUCUUCAUUGUAAACUAGAACAACUGUUCCAGGAGCACCGUUUGGUCUCACUCAUAACACUUCUCAGAGAUGCUGUAUUCUGUGAAAACACUGAACCUCGCUCUCUCCAAGAUAAGCAAAAACGAGCAAAACAGACUUUUGAAGAAAUGAUGAAUUACAUUCCAGAUCUGAUAGUCAAGUGUAUUGGUGAAGAAGCCAAGUAUGAAAGCAUCAGACUUCUCUUUGAUGGCUUACAACAGCCAGUUCUCAAUAAGCAGCUGACUUACGUUUUAUUGGACAUUGUGAUACAAGAACUAUUUCCCGAGCUCAGUAAGGUACAAAAAGAAGUUACCUCUGUGACUUCCUGGAUGUAAGCAUUUGGAUUUGGGAAAGAAUACCAGAUAACAAAUUUCUGCUGUGCUAGUGUAGUAUUUUCUUUUACUUUUGUAUAUUCUUGUAUAUAUCAUGUAAUCCAGUGUCUGAAAUUUUGAUUUUUUGUUUUAAUAAAGACUAACACAGACUUAAUAAUGGUCACAAGUGAUUGGGUUUCAUAGUCUUUUUUUUUUUUUUUUUACCCAUUUUCCAAAUUUUAUUAGAACAUCUGUCAUUUGUUAUUGCCAUUUUAAAAGAGAUAAUUCAUAAUCCUCUUAGGGCAAAUGGAUAAAACCAAUACUCUUUGAAUUCUAUCACUUUGAAAAUAUUUACGUUUAGUAUGGAGAAACAGGAGUAAGAUCUGUUUUGCUUUCUUAUUUAGAGUUAGUACAUUUUAGUAUAUUUUUUUUCUUCUUAUUCCUAUUUUCUAUAUUAGUUAAUUACAUGCCUGUAAAGAAGACAUUCUUUAUGAGUUUUUCAUAAGAAACAAAGGACUACUCCGUACUCUUUUUUGGAUUGACAAGUUAUAGCCCCUUUUAAGUGUGAACACUGACUACUUACAGAUGUUUGUGAUUGUGGGGUUGCAGUUGCAUUUUAUUGAAUGAAUGUUGUAGCCAUAUUCCAAAAUCUUAUGUAAACAGUUUAGUCAAGUAGAUUUUUGGUUUAUGUCUGUUGUCUCUCCACAAGGAAAAUAAUUGUAUUUCUUGAGGAAAGUUAACUUAAAAUUUUAGAGUCAAUGUUCAGAAUUGUACUCACAAUUCCCUCCCACGCUCUUACUUUUCUCCUUGAAACAAAUUUGUCUUUCAAGAUUGAGAGUUUUGUAUUUGCUAACUGAUUGUAGCAUUCAUUUAGAAUACACUUACUGAGUUUCAGCUAUGUAUUAGAUACUAAGCUAGGUAAUAUGAAACUAAAUACAAUUUAGAAAUUAACCUAUUUAAUACUAUUCACUUAUUUUUUUCCCAAGGUAUUAAAAAUGGUUAUUAGGUAUUACAAUUUUUGAAAAGGCUUUGUUAGUAGUUUUUUAUAUUUUUAAUUGCUUGAAAAUUCUAGAAUAUAUAUGAGUUUCUGUGAAUCAGUGCUUUAAUACCAAGCCUUAAACAUUUACUAAUUUCUCAGGGAUAGGUAGAAGAUGAAUCAGGUUAACUCUUCACAUUUAAAUCCAUAGCAUUUUAAACACUGUUAUUUAAAAUGUCCUGAUAAACUGGAAAAAUAAAAUAUUUUACAGCCCUUUUUAUGCCAUUCUUACCUACUGUCCUAUAAAUUGUGAUAUUCUCUUGAUUUAGAUGAGAAAAAUGUUGUUAGGAGUGCAUUAUUCUACAUGGGCUGCCAUAACGAAAUACCACAGACUGGGUGGCUUAAACAACAAAUUUAUUUCUCACAGUUCUGGAGGGUAGAAGUCCAAGAAGAGGUGCCGACAAAGUAGGUUUCAUUCUGGGGCCUCUUCUUUUGGUUUGCAUUUGGCCACCUUCUCACAUGUGCCCCUGAC